AUGGGCCUUGAAUACCAACUGCUUCCUAUCAAUCAGUCCGAAGUAACGAGCUCCAAUGGCACCUGGAAGAAGGUCCCCGACCAUGGGUAUGCCCUGAUAGAUGAUAUAAAUUGCCCCGUACUCGUAAUAGAGACGGGCCUGUCGGAGAGGGAUCAGAAACUAGCAAUCGACACCCAAGACUGGCUGGAGGUGCAUGGGUCUAGGACCCAAGUUGUCAUUACCAUAAACAUCAACCGAAGCACUCCGCAUCUCACUAUACGGCGCUGGGAACACUACUAUUCUCCAUCCCGACCUGCGACCCGUCUUUUCCAGCCAAGCAGAUCAACCAUGGAAACGGUUGAUGUGGUUCAUGAAAACGGCAUCACCAGAGCCACAGGGAAGCUCAUCAUCCCCUUCGAAAAGGUAUUCCGUCGCGAGAAACAUGGCCACGGAGAGACCGAUAUCGUUGUUGAGAGGCACGAACUAAUAAAAGUGGCCGAACUUGUCUGGAAGGCUCAGGGGUUUAUUUGA